AUGAGCACCGAUACGGAAUACGAAAACCGGCUAACGGCACCACUAGUGAGCAACAUAGCCGUAUCGCCAUUGAUCCUGCGGCGAACACACUGGAAAAUGCAGAGGUACGCGCUGCAGAUGGCCGACGAGCCGAUUACUUAUUUGAAAGAUGUGAGAGAGAGAGAACAGACGCUGCAUGGCUCCACGAACACCUGGCUCAAAAGGGAUUCGUCGACCAGCGGCAAUCUAGCAGACAAAUGGCUGUGGAGAACGACCAAGCAGAGCUGCAGCAACGAGCUGUUCGUCUGGAAACCGAUCGUAAGUGUGUUUCCUGCUUUUCUCGUUCACACAUCAUCGGUGUGCCAACAGAUGCGUCAAUACAGAUGCGUCCGAUUCUUCCUUCGACAACGACAGAAACACCAGUCUUACGAGCGUGAGGUUGCAACCGACUGA